CCGAGCAGCAGCGGCAUGGGCAGCGCCAGCCCGGGCCUGAGUGGCGUCCCCUCAAGCCGCCUCCUGCUGCCCCCUGACACUGUGCUACGGACUGGCCUGGAGAAGGUGGCAGUGGGAGCAGGGGCAAUGGGGCCCGAGAGACGGGACUGGAGCCCCAGCCCACCUGCCACACCUGAGCAGGGCCUGUCCACCUUCUACCUCUCCUACUUCGACAUGCUGUUCUCCGAGGACAGCAGCUGGGUGGCCAAGGGCCCCGGGGCCAGCACUCGGGAGGAGCCGCCCGACGAGCCCGAGCAGUGCCCCGUCAUCGACAGCCAAGCCCCGGGGGGCAGCCUGGACCUGGCGCCGGGUGGGCUGACCCUGGAGGAGCAUUCACUGGAGCAGGUGCAGUCCAUGGUGGUGGGCGAGGUGCUCAAGGACAUCGAGACGGCCUGCAAGCUGCUCAACAUCACGGCAGACCCCGUGGACUGGAGCCCUGGCAACGUGCAGAAGUGGCUCCUGUGGACAGAGCACCAGUACCGGCUGCCCUCCGUGGGCAAGGCCUUCCAGGAGCUGGGGGGUAAGGAGCUGUGUGCCAUGUCGGAGGAGCAGUUCCGCCAGCGCUCGCCCCUGGGCGGGGACGUGCUGCACGCCCACCUGGACAUCUGGAAAUCAGCGGCCUGGAUGAAAGAGAGGACGUCCCUGGGGGCGAUUCACUACUGUGCGUCGACCAGCGAAGAGAGCUGGACGGACAGCGAGGUGGACUCAUCCUGUUCCGGGCAGCCCAUCCACCUGUGGCAGUUUCUCAAGGAACUGCUGCUGAAGCCACACAGCUAUGGCCGCUUCAUCCGGUGGCUCAACAAGGAGAAGGGCAUCUUCAAAAUCGAGGACUCCGCGCAGGUGGCCCGGCUGUGGGGCAUCCGCAAGAACCGCCCCGCCAUGAACUACGACAAGCUGAGCCGCUCCAUCCGCCAGUAUUACAAGAAGGGCAUCAUCCGCAAGCCGGACAUCUCCCAGCGCCUGGUCUACCAGUUCGUGCACCCCAUCUGAGUGCUGCGGCCAGGCCCUGGGCCCGAACCUUGCCCUCGCCAGACCUCCCUCCUGCCUGCCCUGCCUCAGCCAGACCCUGAGCUGGGGGACUGGGCAGUCUGCUGGCAUCCGGAGUUCAAGGUCAGGGAGGGGAUGGCCCCUCGCUCCACGGGUGUCAGUGAGCUCUCUGGGGCCCAAGGGACCCCGGCGUGGGCGUGCUUUCUCUUUGGGCCUGACUGCUCCUGCGCCCAGUCCACUGGAGGACGGCGGAAGCCAGGGCUGUUCUCAGUGUUCAUGGCACCCCAGGGAAGGCCCUCCCUCCACCCAGCCUCUGACCCCAGAAGUUCCAGAGCAGAGCCGACAGAACGGCAGUGACUUGGCCAAGGCCACUUGCAGUCCAGUGCCCUCUGCCACCCAUUCUGUACCGUGCCUGGCAUGGUGCGGGGACAUCUACACCCCCAAGUUGG